AUGCAACGAAUUUUUCGCUCUCUUCAUACGUCUGGAAUUAGGGCUGCCAGCCAUUCCAGUCGCCCAAUCAGAGACCACAGAAUCUCCAGUCUUGUACCCCUGAUCGAUGUCAGCACAAUAGAUCUCGCCUCUCAAGCCUCCCACCUCAGAGCUGUCAACGGGACGCUCGAAGCGAAGGGAGUCGUUCAGCUACAACUAGGAUUUCCCGACGAAGAUAGCACCUAUCUCCAGAAGCUCAUCCUCAACCUUCACAAAGAGCACCGACAUGGUCUCCCAAUAACCCACAGUGCCGAACGUGGCUGGUUUUGGGAUGUCCGACCUAGCGCCGACAGCUUCCAAAGCCAUGGAUACCAAGCCCGAUCGGAAACAAUGCACCGAUUCGACUGGCAUACAGACUGCAGCUAUGAAAAAUGCCCCCCACGUUACUUUGCGCUUCAAGUCCUCCAGCCGGAUCGCCGCGGUGGCGGGACUUUGUCAGUACUCAACGUGGACCGGCUCCUCACGCUUCUCUCCCCUUUCGCACGUAAAUGGCUCUCCACACACAAUUUCCAGAUCAACGUUCCGCCCGAGUUUAUCAAGGAAGCUGGUGAGAGGCAUAUAAAGGGAAAUCUUCUUGCGAUGAAGAGUAAUGGGGAACACGGUGGCAGUCAAUUGCGACUACGGGAGGAUAUUACAGUCCCAUUGACUGAGAACGCGGCAAAGGCGCUGGAUGAACUCAAGGGAGUUCUGUUUGGUGAGAGUGCAAAAUCCGAGAUACUUCAUAUGCAUGCAGAGAGUUUGCCGCAAGGUUCAAUUAUCAUCAUGGACAAUCAACGUUGGUUACAUUCACGGAAUGAGGUAAAAGAUCCAAACCGGCAUCUGCGCAGGGUGCGAUGGGGUGCGACCGAGUUCGGGGCUGCGAGCCUUUAG